AAGCGACCUCGGCUGACAAACGGAUCUCCCUAAUGCCCAACAUGGUGGCGUAAAGCUGAGCGCGCGCUGUCCGGUUGCUUCGGGCCGUUUGUUGUUGAGCGCGCGGAGCCCGGCUUCCGCUCGCGCCAUGGCGGAGAAAUUCGACAACCUGGAGGAACAUCUGGAGAAAUUCAUCGAGAACAUUCGGCAGCUGGGCAUCAUUGUCAGUGAUUUCCAGCCCAGCAGCCAGGCAGGCCUGAACCAGAAACUAAAUUCUAUGAUUACGGGGCUCCAAGAUGUUGACAAAUGCCGACAGCAGCUGCAUGAUAUUAAUGUACCCCUGGAAGUAUUUGAGUACAUUGAUCAAGGCCGAAAUCCUCAACUUUACACCAAAGAAUGCUUGGAGAGAGCCUUAGCCAAGAAUGAACAAGUCAAAGGGAAAAUUGACACAUUGAAGAAAUUCAAGGGGCUUCUGAUUCACGAACUGAGCAAAGUUUUUCCUGAAGAAAUGUCCAAAUAUCGAGCUAUCCGAUGUGAAGAUCAUCUGCCUACGUAGCUGGAUUUACUGUCUUCUAUUUGAUGGAACUAUACUGCUUCCUUUUUUCAGGAACCGACUGAAUGUGGCUAACUUCUUGCAGCCUGAGAAUUUCUUCUUGAAUGCUUAAAAGAAAUACAUAGUCUGUUUCCUACACUAAAAUUGACUUGAAAAUAACUUGGAAAGAAGAAAAUGCCUUUUUACUUUCUAGAUGCAUUAGUGCUUGGAUUGAAUGGAAUUUCGUUGGUACAUGUCAGAUGAUGUUAAGGCAGCAUUAUGAUUGGAUGGGAAGAUGUACUCAGUUAAACAGAUUGAGAUACCGUUGUAUCAGUAUACAUAAUUCAUUUUGUGUAGUGCUAGUCAGUGCAGCAAUUUUUGUAACAAAAGUUCUUUGCUGCCAGAAUGCUUAAACAGAUUUUUGUUUAAUCAUACUUACUACCAACUUGUAAAUGACUUUAAAGGGGGAAAAUAAGACCAUAAGAAAAGUCAAAGCAAAAAGAAGACUUUUUAGCUCAAAGUGCACACUAUCCAGAGUCUAUCCCACACUACCUUAAUAAAUGCUAAUUUUCUUUCAUACCUCUCCUGAUGGUGCCGAAUCAAGCAGUGAUGUUAAUUAUCGCUGAAACCUCAUUCUCACUGCUCAACAAUUAACAUUGCAGCUUUAUAAAGGUACCUGUCAAACCCAAAUCAGCUUUUUACAGUUCUGAUGAUCAUCAUCCUGAAAUGUCAACUCUUUCUCUCCACGGAUGCUGUCAGACCUGCUGAGCAUUUCCAGCAUUUUCUGUUUUUAUUCCAAAUCAGCUAUGUUCUCUGGGAGCUCCAGAUACUGACUAUCCUGUGGAGGGUGGG